UCCGGAGAUUGCUAAUUUUUAAUAAAACUACUUUUAUAAAAUUACUAAAAUCAGCGAACUCAAGUAUAACUAUUAUAUCUGUUUUUAUAUUAUAACCUCAACAGUAGACUCGAUAAUCUCGACUGUCUAACGAAGUUCGUUAGCCUGAUUCUCUCACACAGUGUGAAAAGCAUAAAAAUUAAUUCUGGAGAUUCAGUAGAAUUAAUUUUUACGCUUUUUACAUUGCGCGAGAGAAUCAGGAUAACGAACUUCGUUAGACAGUCGAGAUUCUUGAGUCGAUCUACUGUUAAAGUUAUAAUAUAGAUACAGGUACACACCACACACUUGAGUUCUCUCGUUUAUAUUCGUAUGGGUAACUCAAGAAUAAAGCCUUUUGAUAGCCAAACCUGCAGACAAAUUUUGAACAAAAUAUCCUACUGCAAUUGUUAAAAGGCAACGAGUUGCUUGUGCGUACAAAUCCUGCUCGAUUUCUACAAUCUGCUGAUAUGAGGGGAUGUCGUGUAACAAUACUCAACUUACUGGAACUAACUCAAGUUCCAGUAAGAACAAACAUUACACGCCCAUGGAAAGGAAGGUAUUUUUACAAAUACUGGAUUCUUACAAACAUGUCAUAGAAUUAAAAAAAAGUGAUGGUACUACAAUAAAAGACAAAGACAUAGCGUGGAAGGAAGUUUGCAAUAAAUAUAAUAUGUCUGCAUUAAUUUAUCAAGAGAGAACUGUUCAGCAAUUAAAAAAACUAUGGACUAAUAUAAAACAAACACAAAGGGAAGCAAUCACAAAAGAAAGACAAGCACGUAUGGCAACUGGUGGUGGACCACCACAACCAGAAGCGAGUAUUGAUCCCGAUGUUGCAAAUAUUGCUCCCCAUUUAAUGGAAACUGCGCCUGUUUUAUUUUCUUCAAACAUGUCGGAAAAAGAAAUCGAAGAUAAACGCGAAUUAACAUUUGACAUGGUAUCCAAUAAUUACACAAUAGAUCUAAUACCCGAACUAAUUAUCGAAAAUAAACAAGACGGAACAAACAAAGAGAGUGAUAACGAUGUAUUAUUUGUUGAUUGUACAAACACGCUCAAUAUAGAAAAAGAUUCAUUUAAUACUACGAAGAAGGAUAAUACAUUAUGUAGACGAGAACAACAAACAGAUAUGCAAAAUGAACAAUCAUCAAAUAUAUUGGACGAUGGAAAAUUAAAACAGACACGUUCUUUGAAACGAAAAAGGAACGCAAUAGAUGAAACCAAAUUAUUAAGUACAGAAGAAAUGUUACGUAUGGAACGUAUAAAACGAGUAAUGGAACAAGAUGAACAACUAGCACAUAUUAAAGAAAAACACGAAACAAAUAUGAAUAAUAUGAAAGAAAAUCAUUUGAAAGAAAUUAACAAUUUAGAAUUGCAACACUUAAAACAGAUGCAAACUUUGGAAAUAGAAAUAAAACAAGCACAACUUAGAGCAAUUGAAUCCAGAAAGAAUAAAGAAAAUAUUGAUACAUUUAGAAUUUGAAAUAUAUAUAUAUUCUCAUUUUUAUAUGUUCCAUACAUAAAUUUCUCAUAUAUAAUUAAAAUAGAUAUUUAAUGUUUUAAAAGGAGUUAUACAUCCCAGAUGUCAAAUUGAUUUUACUUUUUGUUUUUUAUUUUCGUUAUUAUGACGUCAAAAUAUCGUCAGAUGUCAUUUAAGCUUAUUAUCUGCGAUAUAUUUCAAUAAUAUUUCUUGUUAUUUUAGUUAUAAAUUAAGAAAAUGCGUUUAAAGUUGUUUUUUCAUUAUAUUUUAUUAUAAAAUAAUACUUUUACUUAUUUUUUAUUUUUUGUUGUUCACGGACAAGAAUGUUUAACUAAAUAAAUCUCUUGUGAUAAACAUAGGUUUAUUUAUCAAGACGAAAUCAAAGUUGAUAUUUAUUUAGUCAAACGAUGAUUAGUUUAUUUUACUCCGUGAAAGUUUACAGUGUAUCAAAGACUGAUCUAUUUAAGGAUAUAGGAUAUAGGAUUAUCAGUAUUAUUACACGUUUACUGUUCAAGUAAUAAGUUUAUUUACAAAGAUGACAAGCUUGAGAAUUGAAAAAUGUAUGAUGUUACUUAUGUUUCAAUACUUUUAUUAUUUUUAUUACCAAUUAGCCUAUAAGUUAGCAAAUACGUAAUAGAAUAUGUAACACCUAAAAAUGUGAUACUAGUAUACUGAACAUUUUUUUUCAAAUUAUUGAAAUAUAUGCAAAGUUACAUUUCAAAA